UGAACUCAUUUUCAUAUUAAUUUGCGUACUUAAAUCCUUAUAUAGACUGCCUUUUUUCCUCAUUAAAGCACCAAAAAAAGAGAAAAUAAUCCAUUUAAAUUGAGUAAUCUUUUUCAAAAGGAAAAGGAAAUUAAAAAUUACUCCGGCCGGCCGCCGGCACUAAUUUGAAAACACCGCGUUAUCGCAACUUGUCCGCGUCGCACACGAUUCCAAAUCCGAUAAAAGCAAAACGAAGGAAACCCUAAUUCGAAGAAAACCACUCUAGACUCUAGAGAUAGAGAGAAGAGAAUCCGAAACUGCCCUAAUUUGAUCGGAAGAAGCAUGGGGAACACGGAGAAGUUGUUGAACCAGAUAAUGGAGCUGAAGAUGACGUCGAAGAGCCUCCAGCGGCAAUCGAAGAAGUGCGAGAAGGAGGAGAAGAGCGAGAAACUCAAAGUCAAGAAGGCGAUCGAGAAGGGGAACAUGGACGGCGCCAGGAUCUACGCCGAGAACGCCAUCCGUAAGCGCAGCGAGCAGAUGAACUACCUCCGCCUCGCCUCCCGCCUCGACGCCGUCGUCGCCCGCCUCGAUACCCAGGCCAAGAUGAGCACCAUUAGCAAAUCAAUGUCAUCGAUUGUGAAAUCGCUUGAGUCCACUCUCAACACCGGCAAUCUUCAGAAGAUGUCAGAGACGAUGGACCAGUUCGAGAAGCAGUUUGUCAAUAUGGAGGUCCAGGCUGAGUUUAUGGAGAGUUCGAUGGCAGGAAGCACCUCACUGUCGACUCCUGAGGGCGAUGUCAACAGUUUGAUGCAGCAGGUAGCGGAUGAUUACGGCUUGGAGGUUUCGGUGGGGCUGCCGCAGCCUGCAGCCCACGCGGUGGCCGUGAAGACUACUGAGAAGGUUGAUGAGGAUGACUUGACCAAGCGCCUUGCAGAGCUCAAGGCACGUGGGUAAUGGUUACUUUAUGCUGGACUUGGGUCUUUCUGCGGAUCAGACUAUUUGUAUUUCAAUUGGUGUUCAUAAGGUUCUUAAUGUGUAAAUUUUACUGGAUUGGCAUCUUAAAUUUCAUGGGAACCUUGUGUUAAGUUUGUCUGGAUAUAAUCCUCUAUACAUCGGUUGCAUCCAUUCCUACUC